UUUGUGCUUUUUCUUCACUCCCCCCUCCAGCAGCACAGCCUUUGUGUCAGCAUCAGUGUGAUGAAAACUAGCCUUGCUUCAUUAUAGCAGAAAGAACUUGGUAUCUGGUUCAAAUAACCCUUCUAAUACAAUAAGGUGAAAAUGGUAUGGUAGAAAAACAAGUCAAAUGGGAGAAAAAAAUACAUGACGCUUAAAACUUAAAAGCAAGCAAUAUUCCUUGCUUACUCCAAGCAGACAAUAAGCAGACACUAGUAGCGGUGGACAGCAAGGUGCGAUAAUUGUUUACAGCCACGUAAAUGUGCAGAUAGUGUAUGGAAGGAGGAGGGAGGCAGUCUCAAUCCAGACCCACACAGGCGCAGAGGAUGGUGUGGUGAAGCCUGCAGGCGGGGCUCUUCAGCACUCCCAUGCAUACACAGCACUGACAGCAGAAGCCACAUUAAGGGGCAGGCAGUCUGGAAAGCAAAGGUCUCUCUCAUGCUGCACCUUGCUGACCAACACUUGUUCACCUUCUUCUCAACACAAAGGAAAAAAAACAAGCAAUUUAGAUUUCUUUUGCCUGUGACUGCCAUCCGUAUCUCAUGCCUCCCAGUUAAUCUGUUCUGAUGACAUCUACAACCUGUUUACUUCAAGGCAGGGAGGGAUUAUAUUCAUUUGGGAUUAACAAGAAGAGGAGGGAGAGGAGUUUCUCCCUGCAAUAAAAUAGAAGAUACCACCGUACAGAGGAGGAAAAUGUAAAUGAGCAGCAAGGCUCAUUCCUAACAGUUUCUCCAGACUGUUCAUAUAGGGUGGAGCCCUGGGAUUUCUGUGGAUUUACAGCAUCAGGCACCUUAACUUUUCCCCUGAACUGCAUGUGCAUCAAGGACAUGGAGAAAACAGAGCCUUUGUGUCAUGUGCAUUGAGUUUCUCUUAUAUUGUUAGAUUACCUGUAAACCUGAAACCUGACCCAUUGGAUCGUUCAUUUAUUUACAGCACAUUGUCCGCUUGUAUUCUGGCAUUGCUGCUUUUGUCUGGCACAGCAGGAUCGAGUGACAUGUUUGGAACUACCAAUGCAUUGCCUCGUUUCUAGCUAAAGCGUUUCUUUUAAUCAUGCAGAACACCUUCGAUUCAUUAUUCUCUGCAUGCUUUGUGUGGGUUUUUAUAGUGAGUGUCCACGGUCUGCAGGAUGAUCUCUUUAUCCGGAGGCAAGAAAAUGUGCAUAGCAUAGGCUGGUGCCACGGUUUCCACUGCAUCACUGGCAAACUUUUCCCUAAAAGGACAGGAGAUGAAUCUGUUUAUAUGGAAUCUCUCGGUGAAAGGACUUUAAAGAAACUCAUUUGUAAAUGCAAUGUAACUCUGUCGCAGGGACCGUUAAAUAACCCAACUGAACCUUCAUAUGUGAUGCAAAGAUCAGCACUGCAAAAUGAAAAAGGAGAAAGAGACGCCAUCCCUACAUCCAAUAUCAGGUACAAAGCAUUGGCCCUAAACAAACUGAUUGUUACACCUGAGCAGGAGGAGAUUGAUCAUGCCCUAGGGACGCUUUAUAUCCAAAAUGGGAGGACCAGGAGAGGAGCCGGUAACCACCAGUGGAAUAAAGGCAAUGAUGACAGAAAAGUAUCUGUGAAUUUAAAUGAAACUUUGCAGGAUCUGAUCAUGUUAAAGGAUACAGAACCUUACGCUUUGGCCUUAAAUGGCUCUGCCCCUAUUGCUACCAAUGAUGUCAAGGUGUUUCCAGAUAGCAUGGAAAUCAGUGAAGCUCUGAUGCCCAAAAACACCUCAAAGAAACGACAGCAUAUAAGAAAUCCAUUUUACCCGAUCACAGAUGAUUCGUACGGUGCCUAUGCAGUCAUGUGUCUGUCCAUUAUCAUUUUUGUCAUUGGGAUUAUGGGCAACAUGGCUGUUAUGUGUAUAGUCUGCCACAAUUAUUAUAUGAGAAGUAUAUCCAACUCACUUUUGGCAAACCUGGCCUUUUGGGACUUUCUGAUCAUUUUUUUCUGCUUGCCAUUGGUGAUAUUUCAUGAACUUACCAAGAAGUGGUUACUGGAGGAUUUCUCAUGCAAAAUCGUACCAUACAUUGAGGUUGCCUCCCUUGGUGUAACGACGUUCACGUUAUGUGCCCUUUGCAUUGACCGAUUCCGAGCUGCUACAAACGUUCAGAUGUAUUAUGAAAUGAUUGAGAACUGCACUUCAACGACUGCCAAGCUAGCUGUAAUAUGGGUUGGUGCUCUUCUUUUAGCUCUACCAGAAGUUGUUCUUCGUCAGUUAUCAAAAGAUGAUUCAGGAGGAAACACCAACUUCCUCAGUGAACGUUGUGUUGUUAAAAUCUCCACGGACCUUCCUGAUACAAUUUAUGUUUUAGCGCUCACCUAUGAUGGUGCAAGACUCUGGUGGUACUUUGGCUGCUAUUUUUGUUUGCCCACUCUUUUCACAAUUACCUGUUCACUAGUAACAGCAAGAAAAAUCAGAAAGGCAGAGAAAGCUUGUACAAGAGGAAAUAAACGUCAAAUUCAACUUGAAAGUCAAAUGAACUGUACUGUUGUAGCUCUGACCAUUUUAUAUGGCUUUUGUAUAAUUCCUGAAAAUAUCUGUAACAUUGUAGCAGCUUACAUGUCUACUGGAGUCUCUAGGCAGACUUUGGAUCUUCUUCAUCUCAUUAGUCAGUUUCUUUUGUUCUUUAAAUCAUGUGUUACCCCUGUCCUACUUUUUUGCCUUUGCAAGCCUUUUAGCCGGGCUUUCAUGGAAUGUUGUUGCUGUUGUUGUGAUGAGUGCAUUCAGAAGUCCUCAACUGCAACAAGUGAUGAUAAUGACAAUGAGUUUACCACAGAACUGGAACUUUCCCCUUUUAGUACCAUACGACGUGAAAUGUCCACAUUUGCCUCUGUUGGAACCCACUGUUGAAAAUAGCUAUCUAGUUAUAAAACACACUUGUUAUGUACAUUUGAAAUGUUUUCAUUUUUUAAGAUUAAACAUUAAAACUGCUAUAAAAAUAGAUAUAUGAUGUUUUAAAACUAACAGGGUAUGUUUCCAGUAAACAUUUAACUUGUUUCUGCACCUUAAUUAGAUUUUUUUAAUUAUAGUCACAAUUUAUAACAUUUUACAAUUAUAUAUCACACAAGGUGAAAUUUAUUAUACUCUAAGGUGGUUUGCACUGAAAAUCAAUAUAAGUUUUUGGCUAUUUUAGCAAUUAAAUACAUUUUUAUCUAGCUAAUCUUCAAUCAUUUGUGUCAGCAUUUUGUCAAAUUAGAUUAAUGCUAACAUCCUUGUUGUAUCUUCACAUACCAUUGUAUUUCUUCCAUAACAAUUUAUUUUUUUCAAUAUUUUAAUAUUUGUAUAAAGCUCCUAAAGUAGUGAUUAAUAGAAUAUAUACAAAGUACCCAAUCUGCGGCUGGUUGUGAUGAUUAAUUUUUACCAGUAACCAUACAUUUGUAUUUUGUUGUUAUCAUUUGUAUCAUAGGUUUGUGGGUCUAUAGGCUGGCAGCUUGGAACUUUAUGCAUUAAUGUUAUUUUUGUCAACAUAUAUUUUUUCUUGUGUGUAAAUAUUCUGUUUUGUGGAAACUUAAUUAAGGGA